UCAUAUGACAAAGAGUAUAAUAACAUGGCUGCUUGGCUCCGAUAGUUGUUGGGGGGAAUGCAAAUAUGUCUUGCCGAAUUGUAUUUGUGCUUGUUGUCGCCAGUUGUUUGCUGGCUUCUGCUUCAGGAAUUCGCGUCUCUCAACUUUUUCGGCUCCAAAAAGCAUUUUCCCUUUCACCUAGUAUAGUAGAAGACCAGUGGUUUGUGCAGAAGCUUGAUCAUUUUAAUGGUGCAGAUAGUCGUACGUGGAACCAGCGGUAUUUUAUGAAUGAUACACACUAUGUACCUGGUGGUCCAAUAUUUCUUAUGAUUGGAGGAGAAGGUCCUGCAAACCCAGCCUGGAUGCAGUAUGGAACCUGGCUGACAUAUGCGGAGAAGAUGCAUUCCCUGUGUUUACUGCUUGAACACCGCUUCUAUGGGAAAAGUCAUCCAACUGAGGACUUAAGUACAGAGAAUCUCCGCUACCUUAACAGUGAACAAGCCUUGGCUGACCUUGCCCAUUUCCAGACCGUAAUGGCUGAAAAGAUGAAUCUGACUGCUAAUAAAUGGGUUGCAUUUGGAGGGUCUUACCCAGGAUCACUUGCCGCAUGGUACAGACUGAAGUAUCCUCACCUGGUCCAUGCUGCAGUAGCUAGCAGUGCACCUGUGCAUGCUGUGGUGAACUUCCCAGAGUACCUGGAGGUAGUGAGACAUUCCCUGGAAACCUAUAGCAGUGAAUGCCCUGUCUUAGUACAGAAUGCUUCUGACACUGUUAUGGACCUGUUGAAAGACCCAAAGAACUAUGAAAAGCUCAGCAAAGAUUUCAACUUAUGUGAAGUAUUGGACAUAGACUCUGACAUGGACUCUGGUGCAUUUCUUGAAGCCCUGGCAGGAAACUUUAUGAACGUGGUUCAGUACAAUGAAGAUAAUCGAGCAUUUGAGGUAUCACCUGCAGCAGUGCUUAGAUGUGUAUGGAGCAGAGUUUGAUUGUAUUACAGUUACCAAUGCAGUCCAACAAACCAAUGAAAACUAUGGUGGCUAUAGCAUUAAGAGCAGCCGGAUAGUCUUUCCCAAUGGCAAUAUUGAUCCGUGGCAUUUCUUGGGGAUAACUAAACAAAUAAGUGAAGAGCUGCCUGCAGUACUUAUUAAAGGUGUAGCACACUGUGCCAACAUGUAUCCUGCUCGACCAGAGGAUCUCCCCCAGCUGGUUUCUGCAAGGGAGUAUAUCGGUCAGCUACUACAGAAAUGGCUGGAAAUAUGAACUCCAUAAAACUGAGAAAUGUAGGAAUUAAACAUGAUUAAAAUAAAUAUACAUGAUGACUUGUGUUCAGUGCACAUGCCCUGACAGCUUGUACUGCACAACCUGGAAGAAGAGCUGUGAUAAUUUUUGUGCUGUGAUGUAUACAGUCAUGCUUAACAGCUUGGUAGGCAGCUGGAUGAAGACAUAAUAGAUUACAGGUUAUGAAGGGUAAGUGGCAAAGAUUUUUCAGUGUUGUAUUAAAGAUGCAAUGUGAAGCUCACUUAUGUCAUUGGAAUAACACUUGCCAUUCACAGUCUGAAUAAGUUUUUCAUCGUCCGUUCUGUUUUUUUCUCUAAGAUGAAAUGGUGGGUAAUAUAGCGUACACAUGUCAUUUCAGACAGUUGCAUACCCUUAAUGUCAGUUUGUAAAUCCAAGAAAGGUGCUUACUCGAGUGGAAUGUGAUCAGUUCUGACUGUUCUAGUCCUGGUUAGUAUCAUGGUAUUUUAUCAUUUUUGUUGGUCAUUGUUAAAAUGGUACAUAAUGAAAAUGUUUGGUUAAUACUGUAUAUGUAUUCCAUGCCAGUGUAAUCACUUUGCCUUUUUCAGCAUUUAAAUUGUAAGAUUAAUUUUUUCUACCAUUGUGCUGCACAGGAGUAUAAGUGGAGUUUAGUCAUUUUCUGCUUCAACAGUCAUGCCGCUAUUUGAGGGUGAGGGCCAAAAUGUUUUGCACUGGAUUGCACCUUUGAAAAUUGUGGCCACCUUUGCUUUAAAAUCAUUUGCUAAAGCUGGUAUACUUGGGUUGUUAAAGGAAGUAGAGCGACCUAUUUUACCUUUACUGCAUCAGAACAUUACAGUAGGUGGACGAUGGUAUAUGAGCAUUUAUACAAAAUCAGUCCUAUAUCUCCAACAAUUUUUGCUGUUUUUACAGUAAGCUGUUUGUGCAUGUUGUAUACAUCAAAAGCCUCUAAAUAAAACUUUGAAUUUUG